UCUGAGUGAGCAGUCAUGUCAGGAGAACCGGGCAGCGAAUCACAGCUCUCCUUGAAGCUGGCCGCCCUGAGAGUGUUUGGUCUCCCUGUGUCCUGGUGCAAUUCUCUCUCCCAGAUGAAAUUUUCACCAGUAGCUAAAAGGUUGUUUGUGGUGACUGCUGUGAGUGCUAUGUCUGUAAUUUUUUUUGCCCAUCACUUUAAAAGAAGACGUGGGAAAAAGAAAGGAAAAAUACUACCAUGGGAACCAGAGCACCUCAUACUUGAACACACUAAAAGAGCAGCAUCGGACAAAGGUUCAAGUUGUUCAAGUAGUAGACAGAAUUUGACCUUGUCGCUAAGUUCCACCCAGGAGAAAGCCCCGCAGUCUUACAACUACACCAAUGGAGGACUUUUCAGCAAAUACUCGGGCUCUGCCCAGAGCUUAGCCUCUGUCCAGAGUGUCAACUCCUGUCAUAGCUGUGCUUGUGGGAAUUCCAGCUCCUGGGACAGGGCAGAUGAGGACGACAUCAAACUUGUCAACAUUCCUGUGACCACGCCAGAGAACUUGUAUCUGAUGGGGAUGGAAUUGUUUGAAGAGGCGUUGCGUCGGUGGGAACAGGCUCUGACCUUUCGAAGCAGACAGGCUGAAGAGGAUGCCUGCAGCUCUGUUAAGCUGGGAGCCGGUGAUGCCAUUGCUGAAGAAAGCGUGGAUGACAUAAUUAGUACGGAAUUCAUCCACAAACUGGAGGCUCUGCUACAAAGGGCAUAUCGUCUCCAGGAGGAGUUUGAAGCUACCCUUGGGGGAUCUGACCCUAACUCCCUUGCAAACGAUACAGAUAAAGACACAGAUGCGGGCACGAAGGAGGCGAUGGAUGACUUUGGCCUGCAGGACACAGGGGACAGUGAAUCAGAUCUCUUUGCUUCAGCAGCAGAGCUCACGGAGCACAGAGAAGCACAGCACAGCUACGGCCUGGAGUCCUUUUGUUGCUGCCCUUUUUAUGAGGAAGCUAUGCAUUUGGUUGAAGAGGGAAAAAUUCACUCCCGAGUCCUGAGAACUGAGAUGCUGGAGUGUCUGGGAGACAGCGACUUUCUCGCCAAACUCCACUGCAUCCGGCAGGCUUUCCAGGUGAUUCUUUCAGAAGCAGCUAACAGGAUAUUCCUUGCUCAAAGCGGGAGGAAGAUUUUAUCAGCUUUAAUUGUGAAAGCACGGAAGAAUCCAAAGAAAUUUGAAGAUGUUUUUGAUGAAAUGAUCUAUUUUUUAGAGCAGACUGAUCACUGGGAUAGUACUGAGAUGGAACUUGCUGCCAGAGGGGUGAAAAACUUAAAUUUUUAUGAUGUGGUUCUGGAUUUUAUCUUAAUGGACUCCUUUGAGGAUUUAGAAAACCCACCAACAUCCAUACAGAAUGUCGUGAACAAUCGCUGGCUCAACUCCUCUUUCAAGGAAACAGCUGUGGCUUCAAGCUGCUGGUCGGUGUUGAAACAGAAAAGGCAGCAGAUGAAGAUCUCAGAUGGAUUUUUCGCCCAUUUUUAUGCCAUUUGUGAGCAUAUAAGCCCUGUCUUAGCCUGGGGCUUCUUGGGCCCUAGAAAUUCUCUGUAUGACUUAUGUUGCUUCUUUAAGAAUCAAGUUCUUUUCUUUCUCAAAGACAUCUUUGACUUUGAGAAGGUGCGUUAUUCGAGCAUAGACACCUUGGCAGAGGACCUCACUCACUUACUCAUCCGCCGCACGGAACUGCUCGUCGCCUGUCUUGGUGCGGAUGCCCUGAGGCAUGCCGCAACUUGUACUAGUGGACACCCCCAUGCCGUGUCCUCCACCCUGGUAGAAGGCAAAGUACAGUAAGGACUGAAGAGGUUU